UUGUACACAGUCUUUGUCAUAAGCCGGUCGUCGACCAUGUGAAAAUCAUUUGUGCGGCAGCCAAACAUCGUUGAGACAACUAUUACAAACAUUUAUCCAAACAUUUCACCUUGUGGAUUAGUCAAAGCGCAAAUAGUUUGGCGUUCGUAGAUUUCCCAAAUAAAAAAAAAAGGAGACAGCUUAAUGGCACAUGAAUGGCCGUUCGUUAUUAGCGUGACUCUGAAAGAUUAUGACGGAUUUGUUUUGGUUAAACGGUUGGCGGUCUUAAAUUAAUGACACAUUUUCAGCAUGUUUAGCGCGAUUACAAACAAAUGCAAAGAUAAACAAAAUAAACACACAACAAAUUAAUGAAUGGUGCAGCAAUUAGAGUGUAAGAUAUGUGCGUUCGUCUGUAUGUGUUUAAGUUUGAGGCUAAAUAAUUCAUGGCAAUGUAAAAUGUGACGAGAACCAAUAAAACAGGCAACAAUAAAAUGCCUCAUUGCUUUUUAGACCAUACGCUCAAAUUGAAGUGACCCCUAUACUGGGAAACGAAUUGAAUCCAGCAACUAAAUACAUUAUGUAAAUUUCGCUUCUAUGGCAUUUCCAAAUAAACAAAGGCGGGGGAAAUCUGCAGCAUUAUCCCCUUAGAUAAAUAACACACACACACACACACACAUGGAAUUUUUAAAAUGGAAUUGAUUUUCCGUAACUUAACCGUAAUAGCCUAAAAAUACAACAACAAAAAUUUUACUAAAGAAACUACAAAUAACCACGACAACAAAUGUUUCGAAACGAUAAUACAUUAUUUAGUCUAAGGAAAUACUACAAAACAGAUACUAAAAUGUAAUAAAAUUUUUAUUAAAAAGUUGCUGAAACUACCAAACACACACCCUUGCAGAGAUAAACAAGACAACACAAAGUUUUUAAAACUAUGGAAAUUUUCUAAAGAAACUUAAACGGAAACUGAAACCCAACAAUUACUUAUUGCUUAAGAACAAGAAGUCUUCGAAGAUUGUCUAACGAUAAAAGCCAUGAAAGAAUUUAUGAAAUAAUUUUUUACAUAUAUUUUUCUGCCAUCUUUACAUUAUUGUCUACAUCAAUAUAAAAUUGUUUACAAACAUUAUAACAAAAGAAAAGAACAAAAACAAAAACAAAAACAAAUGCUACUACUAUACAACGCAAACUUUAUACUCGUAAAUUUUUAAUUUAACUGACCAAAGGCGUAAUAACUAGAACGACAAAAUACAAUCAAUGAGGAUAUUAUUGAUUUUUUCAAUACUACAUGCAAACCAAAUCUAACAAAUCUCGAAUUUCAUCGUAACGUAUACAACCAGAGAGAGUGCGAAAGAGAGAGAGAGAGAGAGAGAGAGAGAGAGAGAUCAAGGGAGAAAACACGGAUUGAACGUCAUAAAACUCUCUCAACAACAUUAAGCAUCGCAACAUCAUUAAACACCUGACGGUUUUCAAAUUUCAACUUUAAGAGGGCCAUCUUAAGGCAUAGAAAGGCUGAAGCUUUAAGGAAAACAGUUUUGAAAGUUAUUUUCUCUAUCGCUCACAAUUAGAGUUUUGUUGCAGAAGCAUAACCAAAGUGCCGUUAUUCGGCCUGUAUUUCGCACACUCUUUCUUACUGUUGCUGUCAUUUAUUGUAAUUCGUAUUUAACCUGUGCUACGUUCUUGCUGGAACACCUUUAUUGUAAUAUGAUGGUCAACCUGUUGCCAUUGAUCCUUUAAGAAUACCAAAAAAAAACAACAACAACAGCAAGCAUGUUUAAAAUACGCCAACGCAGCUGUCUUUUGUUAACCCUAGUCCUAAUUCUAUUGCCAUGUGUUAUUGUUUUAAUGAUAAUGGGUCCAGAAUUAUCCACCGAACAAUCGCUGUCACAGCGCCUAGGCGAAUGUCAUAUGCGCUUGCAAUAUUUGGAGUCCAUGUAUAGGACGCGUCAAGAAGAUGUCACCCUAUUGGCACAGUAUUUGAUGCAGUUGCAAAACACCAGCAGUGGGGUGACCGCCAUUCCUGCCGGCGGUGGUGCGGCAAUGCUAGAUAAAAACUCCUCUACUCUGUUAAAUUCUGCCGCCGCGCCUACUUCUCUGCUGGAUGGCCUAUCAGCAGAGGCACGUCAAAUUUUACGCAAUGCCUCUCAACUACAUUCGCAACAAAUGCAUUUGUCUGCCUCAUCGAAUGUUCGUUUGCCCACGGCCUAUCAUUUUUUGCCUCAUCUCUCGGAUGAUCCGAAUUCUUUGCGUCCCGCCCUAUUACGUUCCCAUGGCCGCUCCGACGUAAGCAUUGUCUUAGGCAUACCCACAGUGAUGCGAGAAAAACAAUCCUAUCUCUUGGGUACUUUGCAUAAUCUCAUUGAGAAUAUGAACGAAGAGGAGCAAAAUGAGACUUUAAUAGUUGUCUAUAUUGGAGAAAAUGAUGCAGAGAGUGUACAACAGAUAGCCAAAACGGUGGAGGUAGCAUUUGAACCCUAUUUGGAAUGUGGUCUAAUUGAGAUUAUAGCCCCUUCCCCAUCGUAUUAUCCGAAUUUUGAUAGGCUAAGGAUAACACUGAACGAUUCGUUGGAGCGAGUAAGAUGGAGAAGUAAACAGAAUUUGGAUUUUGCCUAUCUCAUGGCUUAUGCACAGACAAAAGGCACUUUCUAUGUCCAACUGGAGGAUGACAUAUUGGCCAAAAGGCAUUUCAUAACCACCAUGAAAAAAUUCGCCAUCACUAAAAGUGCUUUGACCAAACCCGACCAGCCACCAUGGUUUCUCUUGGACUUUUGCCAAUUGGGUUUCAUAGGUAAAAUGUUCAAGUCAGCCGAGCUGCCUUAUCUCAUAACCUAUUUCCAAAUGUUCUACAAUGAUAAGCCCGUCGAUUGGCUGCUGGCCUAUUUUAUGGAGUCCAAAGUGUGUCGCAAUGAUCUCGAUCAGAAACAUUGCAAUCAAGAGAAGGCCAAAUAUUGGCUACACUAUCGGCCUUCGUUGUUCCAGCAUAUAGGCACCAGUUCGUCGCUGAGAGGUAAGGUGCAAAAACUCAAGGAUAAACAAUUCGGUUCGAAAGUACCCACCUUUUAUGCCCAUAAUCAUAAUCCACCGGCCCAGGUUAAGACAAAUAUAGCGCCGUAUAAAAACUUUCAACUGAAGCGAGCUUAUCGUGGAGAAACCUACUUUUGGGGUCUCUUGCCCCAGCCGGGCGAUCAAGUGCAGUUCAUUUUCGAAAAACCCACUGGACUCAAGCACUAUCUGUUUCGAAGUGGCAAUUCAGAACAUCCUUCAGAUCGUUUCUACAAUACCACAAUAGAAGUUUUACCCGCCGAUACAUUGAGUGAAAGUUCCCCCGUGUGGAGUUUUUACAACUCCACCACAGAUGGCUAUCUUAUAGUGGGGGCCUUUGACAAUAUGGGUGUUGCAGAGGGAUCGAUAGAUUCGAAAAUUGGAGCCAUAAAGGAGAUACGUUUGCAUGUGCAUGGUGACAGUGAAAAUUGGGCUUUACUCAGUGAAAUUGAUCUGCAAGCGGAGGGGAGCAACAAAAGAUGAUGGGUGUAUGGUGAAAUGCAACAGGGGGCGCAAGUGACACCCCAAAUACAAAUGACGAAUCUCGGAACAACUGAUGGUGAUGUUGAGCAAAGGCUUACUUCUAUGGUAGUAUAAUCUUACACCUUCUCCUUCUCCUCCUCCUCAUCCUCCUCCUCGUAUUAGCAAGCUGUGUUUUAUGAUGAUGAUGACGUUGACGUUGACGUUAAUGGCCAUGACGACCUACAAAACCAUUUGGACUUGUUUGUCCACAAUAUGCUACUCCAAGGUGUUUUAUUUUCUAAGUGUUUUUUUUUUAUUAUUAUUAUUACACAACACACAUACCCGUGCAUACAAACUUUUGCAGCAAUCACACAGCAAACAAACACAUAAGGGGUUUUCCACAACAAAACGAACAAUGCUCAAUAAGAAUAUGUUUUGAAUGUUCUUGUAUAAGUUUUCGUCUUUUUGGUACCAACAAAAAAACUCUUGGAAGUUUUUUUUU